CUUUUUGAUACCUAUAAACCAAUAAAAAAAAAUAAAACUAUUCAUCUUCAAACACAAACAUUUCAAUUUAGUAUACCUAAUCCUAAUAGAUAACCAAACGCGCAUCUGAUUUAAACAACCCACCGUCGUGUUUUUAGACACUGCGCAUUUUAUUUUGUACGAAGCACGAGGUACCUACUGGAGGUAGAAAAUGUAGAAAUAUUUGUUUGGGAUUUGGAGAAAGACGAAGCGAUACUCGAUAGACGAGUGUUGACGUUUGCCGGAGAUUGCGAGUUUCGAAAACGGAGAAAGGUGCUUGUGUGGCAAUUUAAUCUGUUAUUGGUUAUUGCAUUGUUUAUUUUGGGUUUGUAGAUAUCUAGAUACACAUUUUCGGAUCGAUUAUUUAAUAAUUAGAUCCUUAUAUCUAUUUAUGUUCGACGUGGUAAUUAUUCUUCAAAUAUUUGAUAAAAGAAAUGUGGCAUUUCUGAAAUAAAAGUGAUUUUUUAAAAUUUGUUGAUAGUGAUAUUUUUGACUUAACUUUCGGACUGAUUCAAAGGACCAUUUAUAAUAUAUUUAUUCGAUCGUAUAAAUUCACAGGUGAACCAACAUGGCGGAAGCCCAUUCCGCUGUGGCCUUCUCGUUUGCCAUCACUCACGAAGGUUUAGAUGUUAAUUUCGAUCGAGAAGUCCUCCAUCUGGUUUGGCAAUCAGGAAUUAGAUCAUGGAAAAAACGGGUAGCCAGAUUCCAGAAUAGCAUACACAAUGGUGUCUAUCCAGGACACUAUAGGUACCUGUUUCUAUUGAUGGGUUUAGUGACGGCAUUUCAGUGGAUUGGAAUUUCAGUGCCUUUUAAUAUAACUGACAGAUUUUUACAAAUUCUUCCAGAAAACUCAAUUUUUUGGUUUUUAACUGCCUGCUUCCUAACUUCCCUAUUGUAUUGGUUGACAGCAAUAUACAUUCUUAGAUAUAUUUUGAAAAUACUAUUUAUUUACAAAGGGUGGAUGUACGAGUCUAGAGCUAAAGGUAGUAAACCAUCUCUACAAACUAGAGUGUGGUUAUUUUUCAUAAAAAUUUUUAGUUGUUGGAACACCCCGAGAUUAUACAGUUAUCAGGGAUCAUUACCCAGACUACCACUACCUGAUGUACAUGAUACAAUGACAAGGUAUUUAAAAAGUGUCAAAGCAUUACUAGACGAAGAAAAAUACAAACGAAUGGAAAAAUUAGCUGCCGAAUUUGAAAUCGGCAUUGGCAAAAAGCUCCAACGCUACCUCAUAUUAAAAUCUUGGUGGUCCACAAACUACGUUUCCGAUUGGUGGGAAGAAUACGUUUACCUCAGAGGUAGAUCUCCCUUGAUGAUCAACUCGAACUUUUACGGCAUAGAUGCCGUGUUACUAAAUCCAACCAAAAACCAAGCCGCUAGGGCAGCAUCAACCAUUUACACAUUGUUGGUCUUCCGAAGAUUGGUUGAAAGACAGGAAUUGGAACCGAUUCUAGUCCAAGGCCUUGUGCCUUUGUGUUCUUGGCAGUACGAGAGAAUUUUUAAUACUACUAGAAUUCCUGGGAAAGAGACUGAUAAAAUUAUCCAUUGGAUCGACUCUAACCACAUAGUUGUGUACCACAAAGGUCGUUACUUCAAGGUUAUUAUAUACAAGGGAAGGAUAUUGAAGCCCUGCGAAAUUCAAAUUCAGCUACAACAAAUUCUGGAUGACGAAUCUGAACCAUUGCCUGGAGAAGAACAACUGGCAGCUUUAACAGCGGGCGAAAGAACUCAUUGGGCCACCAUCAGAAUGCAGCUAUUUAAUAAAGGCGUUAAUAGAACAUCAUUGGACGUUAUUGAAAAGGCGGCAUUUGCUGUGACCUUAGAUGAUGUUCCUUAUGAAUAUGAUCCAAAAGAACCAUCAAAAUUGGACCAGUAUGGAAGGCACUUGUUGCACGGUAAAGGAUAUGACAGGUGGUUUGAUAAAUCUUUUACACUCUGCAUUGGAAGUAACGCUCGUAUUGGGUUUAAUGCAGAACACUCAUGGGCAGACGCAGCUGUGAUGUCCCACGUUUGGGAAUAUGUGCUGACUGCGGAGACGUGGGAAAAUCGAUACGAUGAAUCGGGAGACGCCAUAGGGAAACCUGAAAUACUACCCCCAGCUCCAAUUCGUCUCAACUGGGAACUAAAAUUUGCAGCCCAAGAUGCUAUUCAGAAAUCUGUUCAAGUUGUAAAUGAUCUCAUUAAUGACAUUAAUUUGCGGAUUUUUGUUCACGACCACUACGGCAAAGGAUUCAUGAAGACCUGCAGCGUCAGCCCGGAUGCUUUUAUACAGAUGGCGCUGCAGUUGGCUUACUACAGAGAUGCUGGUAAAUUCUGUUUGACAUAUGAAGCCACAAUGACUAGACUUUAUCGGGAAGGUCGCACAGAAACGCUCCGUCCUCUUUCUGUAGAUUCAGUCGCCUGGGUGAAGGCCAUGGACGAUAAAAAAUCGACUACAGAAGACAAAAUUAAGCUACUCAGGAUAGCCUGCAAAAGUCACCAGGCAGGAUACCAAGACGCCAUGUGCGGCAAAGGUAUAGACAGACACCUCUUCUGUCUGUACGUAGUCUCGAAAUAUUUGGAGGUGGACUCUCCAUUCCUCAAAGAGGUACUAAGCGAACCGUGGAGGUUAUCCACGUCUCAAACGCCGCAUGGUCAGACUACGCGUCUCGAUCUAAAGAAACAUCCGCAGUGUAUCUCGGCUGGAGGCGGGUUUGGACCUGUAGCCGAUGAUGGAUAUGGUGUAUCUUACAUUAUUGCUGGUGAAGAUAUGCUGUUCUUCCAUAUAUCUAACAAGAAAAGUUGUCCGACAACUGAUUGUCACCGUUUUGCUAAAAAAAUCGAAGAAGCGUUAGCAGACAUGAAGCAAACAUUUUUGGAUUACAAAUCACUAAAUGGAAAGAAGUAAAGAACUUAUCAAAAAAAUCGUUAACAAAUGGCAUAUCUAGUUAUAUUUUACAAUUUUACUAAAAUGACUUUAUAAAAUUAUGUUUGUAACAUCAAUUUUUCUUCUUUACAAUAUUGUUUAUUAGCAGUUAUAUUCAGAAUAUUUAUUAAGUAGCUAGUUAAUACUUUAUUGUUAUGCAAAAUCAAUGCAAUGAUAACUUAGGUUUAACUGAGAUUUGUUGUAAAGUUGUUUAAAUGGAUUUUUGUGGUUUUUUUGUACGUGUGUACUAUGCGAGACUCAAAUAAAGGAUCAUCACAUUCAGAAGAUAAUUAUUAGCAUUUCGUAGGUAAUCUAAAUCAGAUUUUAUUUUGGCCAAUAAAUUAUCUUCUAAAGUGUUGACGACGAAACUAU